AUGGCUCGGAGCCCGCCGUCGCGCACGGGUUCCGCGUGGCGGGAUACGGCGCCGCUGCUCAUCUGCGCGCUGCUCUCGCUCGCGCUGCACUGCACCCCCUCGGUGCUGCCCGCGGUCGCCGCCGCACCAGGUGCGGGUAAGUCAUUGAAUGCUUCAGGUGGAGAUGGAAGGUCGUCUGGAGGGCUCGUCGAGUCGCUCAACGUGCGCCACAUGCGCUUUUCUCACUUGCUGCGCCUUUCCCACAUGCACGUGAAUUCACCGCAGCGUGGGUGUCUCGCCGUGGCAGCACGUGGCAACACUCACCUGCGCUACCCCGUACCUUACCACCCUCCCCGCCUGCCCCUCUCCUUCCGCCACCACUCAGAUUCUCCGCGGGUCUCUUCAACCCCCUUUCAACCCAACCCAGCCUUCCCCCUUAUCCCACUUCCCGUGCGCCCCUUCCCCUUUCCCCGCUUCCCCCGUUUCCCCGUCCUACGCACGUCCUUUCCAGCGACCCCAGGCGCCACGCGCAACAGCUUCUACCGCUACCACUACCACGUGCGCCGCCUCCCGCCCUUUCUGCGCAACCACCUCAAGCGCGCACAAGGCGGGGGCGGAGGGGGUGUUGGAGGGGGCGGAGGAGGGGGAGAGGGGAGCAGCGCUCCACCGUCCAGCGGGUUACCAUGCACGCCACUCACCACAGCGGUGAUCAUUCCAGUCAACUCGGAGGACGACUUCGCCCGCCGCCUCAAGUACCCGCCCACUGUCACAGUCGUCCUGGAGCUCCAGAACCACGUGCUGCUCACGGCGCCGCUGCUCUUCAACGUGUCCUUCGCCUGCACCGUGCUGCGCUCCACCGCCCGCCCCGCACGCGGCUUCCAGCUGACGCUCAUGCGCACGGACGCGCCGCUGCUGUGGAUAGCGGGCGCCAGCAACGUGGUGGUGCUGCGCGUGUCCUUCUUCCAGCCCUACGCCCUUGACACCUAUGCCUGCCAGGGCAUCCCGUACAUGGGCACUGACGUCAUCUGCCCCGCCAUCCACAUCUACCAGGCAGCCAACGUGCAGGUGGCACGCGGAACGGUGUACGGGCGCAUCGAUGUGUACUGGUCCGUGGCGGUGCGCGUGGACGGCAUGAAGGUGACGGGGCUGGGCGACUUCAAGCGCGGCCAGGGGCUCAUCCGCGUGGCGUUCUGCGGCCACGGGCCCACCAUGCAGCGCAGCGGGGUCGUCAUCAGCAACAACGAGGUCUUUGGUGCCCGCUUCCCCAUAGUGCUGUAUUUCGGGGCGGUGGGAGUGACGGUGAGGAACAACUACGUGCACGACUUCAUAUUCGCGGGCAUCGUGUGCGGCGCGUUCGUGUCGUACGUGGGCGACUGCAUGCUGGCCACCAUCUCCAACAACCUGGUGGUGGCCACGGGGCGGAACAUCAGCGGCGACAUGGACGCCUCGGGCAUCUACUUCAACACGCACUGGUUCAACCCCGGCAACCUAGCGGAGUGCAACUACGUGAUAGGCGGCGACCAGUGCUACUACCUGGACUUUGCGUCGUCGGGUGUGACCAUCCGAGGGGGGGCGUGCAUUGACACGUACGCGGGCAUGAAGGUUAACAACGGCAAGAGCAACGUGAUAGAGGACGUGGUGGUGAAGAACACGCGGUGGACGCCCGGAUGGUCCACAUGCCUGACAGCGGAGGUGGUGAACUGUGGCAAGAAGCCCGGGUCGUACUGGGAGCAGAUGCGCCGCAAGUACUACAACUCGCCCCAGAUGAACCAGAACUGGCCAUGGAUGCAAACGGUGUGCUCAGAGACGGGCAUGAACGGCGCGCCGUGCAACACCAACGCGCGCGGCACGCUCAACGCCACGCAGACGGGCAAGUGCAGCGGGCUGCCCACGCGCAACUCGCUCAUGCUGGUGCUCGUGAGAGCGCGGGACUACGACAUGGACUUCAAGUACUGCGAGAACCUGCCCAACACACCGCGCUUCAACUCGCACCGCUUCAUCAACGUCACCAAUGUCGCUGACGCGCAGUUUCUGGAUUUCGUGGAGGACGACUUGGGCGUGAGAAAAGGGUCGUCGCUUUACAAGGCCCGCCCGAAUUUCAAGAGCUGCCCGAGAAGCGAUGUGGGGCCGAAAAGGCUUUUGGAGAGGUCUUACUAUGAGAACUUUAACAAGGCUAUUCCGGAUGUUUAUUAUGUUACAUUGGGCAUGGGGACCUUGCACAUUCAUGAUCCAACAUUUCUAGUGAGUGGUAAUAAAAUGUAA